AUGGCUAUUUUAUCCAAUUCAUCAAAAAUUACUUAUUCCGGAACCGGAAGACGUAAAACAUCUAUAGCAAGAGUUCAAUUAACACCUGGUUCGGGUAAAUUAAUUAUUAACGGAAUUCCUGGAGAAUCAUACUUACAAUUUAGUCCUAACUAUUUACGUAUAUCAUAUGGGCCUCUCAAAAUAUUAGGUCUAAGUAAAGAAUAUGAUAUUUAUGUAAAAGCAGAAGGUGGAGGAUUAACAGGUCAAGCAGAUGCUAUUAGACUCGGUAUAGCAAGAGCACUAUGCACAAUUAAUUCAGAAAAUCGUGUUGCUCUAAAAUCAGAAGGGUUUUUAACUAGAGAUGCACGCGUAAAAGAAAGAAAAAAAUAUGGCUUACGUAAAGCAAGAAAAGCACCUCAAUAUUCAAAACGUUAA